AUGAGCCCCAUUACUCGACGUAUUGCUGUGCUAUUCAUAUUCGCAACCUUCGUUAUCCUCGCUUUUCGACAACUCGGCGCCCGAAACGAGCUCCCCUCGCCGACCUUCACUUCAUCGAAUCGAAUCGAACAUGCUGUAGCAUGGAAGAGCAUUCCGGUGCGACAUCCGGUUUCUUCACUGGCUGCUUUUCCUACAGGCACGCCGGCUGCCAUCCCAAGAAUUCAACAUGAGUUUGGAAUCGAGACCGAGCACAACAAGGCGGAGAGGUUGCACAGGCAAGCAGCUGUAAAGAAGGCAUUCCUACACAGUUGGGAAGGAUACAAAACCUACGCAUGGCUACAAGACGAAGUGACUCCGGUAACAGGAGGCUUCAAGAAUGGCUUUGGACAGCGUGGAGCAACGUUAGUAGACGCGCUCGACACGUUGGCCAUCAUGGGAUUAGAAGACGAGUUUGUUAAGGCUGUACAUGCUGUCAAGAAAAUCGAUUUCACCACUGCAGGUGUUGCGCGCCUAAACGUCUUCGAAACUACUAUUCGCUAUCUUGGUGGUCUUCUGGGCGCAUACGACUUAAGCAAAGCGAAACACCACACACUACUACACAAGGCGACCGAAUUGGGAGACAUGCUGUAUGCUGCAUUUGAUACACCGAACAGGAUGCCAAUCACACGGUGGGACUGGGAGAAUGCUGCUUUGAACGGCCACCAAGAAGCUGAUGCACAAGCACUUAGCGCAGAGAUAGGAUCUUUGACGCUCGAAUUCACCCGCCUUUCCCAACUCACCGGUGACCUGAAAUACUACGACGCGAUAGCGAGAAUCACCGAUGUACUUGAAAAGCAUCAAAACCGAACCAAGAUACCUGGCUUGUUCCCGGUACUCGUCAGUCCAGGCCCGGAAGUAUUCAACGUCGACGGGACAUUCACGAUGGGUGGGAUGACGGAUUCGCUAUAUGAAUAUUUGCCGAAGCAGCAUCUGCUUCUUGGAGGAAUGACGGAGCAAUAUCGGAAGCUAUAUGAAAGCGCCAUCGAGCCAGCAAAGAAACAUUUGUUCUUCCGGCCCAGAAUCCCGCAGGGUCAAGAUAUCCUCAUCUCCGGCGAUGCCCGCAUGAGUUCUUUUGGUUCUGUCAAGCUCGAACCGAACGGUCAACAUCUUGCUUGCUUCGCAGGUGGCAUGGUUGCUCUAGGUGCUAAAAUCUUCAACCGAACUGAUGAGCUAGACGUAGCUCGUAAGCUGGUAGACGGUUGCACUUGGGCUUAUGAAGCGAUGCCCACUGGCAUCAUGCCAGAGACCUUCCGGAUGAUGCCGUGCUAUGGCGAAGAAGACUGCGCAUGGGACGUGGAAAAAUGGCACGCUUCUGUCAAGUACUCAUAUUCUAGUAACAUCCAUGCUGAGCAUUAUGACGUCCAAGAUGUCAUUAAGGAAAUAGGACUCCAGCCUGGUUUCUCUAAGAUUGCAGAUCCACGAUUCCUGCUACGUCCGGAAGCCAUCGAAUCCGUUUUCAUCCUCUAUCGUAUUACCGGUGACACCACUCUCCAAGACACUGCCUGGCGCAUGUUCGAGUCCAUCAACAAUGCUACCAUGGCCGAGUUCGCCCACUCUGCUAUCGCGGAUGUAACAAUACCAAAAGACCAAGAGACACUCAAGCUGGAUGAAUGUGAAAGCUUUUGGAUGGCGGAGACACUGAAGUACUUCUACUUGAUUUUCAGUGAGCCAGAUCUUGUGAGCUUGGAUAAAUAUGUUUUCAAUACUGAAGCACAUCCACUGCGUCGGCCGCAUUAG